CCCCAUGAGGCCCAGCGGGCGCGCGGGGGAGCCCGGCCGCUCCCCCCAGGCCUGGACGGCGAGUCUCGUCGCGAUGGAGACCGUGUCCCUGGAGCACCAGAUCCAGAGCGUGCAGCGGCACAUCGCCUUCCUGAAGAGGGAGCAGACGGAGCUGCUCCACGACCUGCACCUGGAGAUCCUGCGCCUGCAGAAGCACUGCUCGGAGCUGACGCGCGACCUGGAAAUCAAGGAGCUGGAAGCCCGCCAGCAAGCCGCCCUGGACCGGGAGCUGGAGCGGCGGUGCCGGGCGCUGGAGGGGCGGCUGCAGCAGCAGGAGCGGGCCAACGCGGCGCUGCGGCGGGAGCUGCGGCGCAGGGAGAGGGCGGUGGCGGCUCUGCGCUGCAGCCUGCGCGGCCGGGAGCGCGCCUGCCUCCAGGAGCUCGCCCGCCGCCGCCGCCGCGCCGCCGCCCUCGACGCCCAGCUGCAGCGGCAGGCCCGCGCCGCCGCCUGCCUCUCGCUGCAGCUGCACCACGCCGCCGCCGCCGCCGCCCCCCGGCCGCCCCCCGAGCCCGCCGCCCCCCGGGGCCCGCCCCGCCGCCGCGGCCCCCGGCAGGACCCCCCCGCGACGCCGACGCCGGACGAGCCCGACGCCAUGCCCGACCCCGCGCUCUUCCUCGGCGCGGCGCGGCGGCGGCCGGCGGCCCGCGGCUCGGCCCCCGCUGCCCCCCCGGGCGAGCGGCAGGGCUCGGGCCCCCGCCGGCAGCGGCCGUGA